UCCUUUUUCGCGUCCUCGCUUCCAAGAUGACAAAGAAAAGAAGGAACAACGGUCGUGCCAAAAAGGGCCGUGGCCAUGUGCAGCCUAUUCGCUGCACGAACUGCGCCCGAUGCGUGCCUAAAGACAAGGCCAUAAAGAAGUUCGUCAUUCGGAACAUAGUGGAGGCCGCAGCUGUCAGGGACAUUUCUGAAGCGAGUGUCUUCGAUGCCUACGUGCUUCCCAAGCUGUACGUGAAGCUACAUUACUGUGUGAGUUGUGCCAUUCACAGCAAGGUAGUCAGGAAUCGUUCUCGGGAAGCCCGCAAGGACCGAACACCCCCACCCCGAUUUAGACCUGCGGGUGCUGCCCCAAGACCUCCACCAAAGCCUAUGUAAGGAGUUGAGUCCUUGAGGACUGAAGAAAAACUAUCCAUUGGAAAAAAAUAAAAUGGAAAUUAUACUUAA